AUGACUGAUAAAUCAUCCCAACAAAAAGAAUUCGUCUUUAUUAGUGUCGAUGGCAAACAAACUAAAAAUAUUGCGAUAAGCCCACCUGAAAAUUUGAAAAUUGAAUCCCCUCCAACAUUCACCGAUUCGGAACUUGGACGUAACCAUGACAAGAAAAUGCAGGGAAAAUCAAAAAAACCACCGAAUGCUUUCAUAUUAUUCAGAAAGAAAUAUGUUGAAUCGUUACAUCGUCUAGGCCAUCGUGAUGCCAUGAAGAAGGUUUCCGGCUGGGCUCGAGACGCCUGGAACAAAUUACCUCAGAUGGAGAAGGAGCAAUACGAGCAUUAUGCGAACAAGGCUGCCACAUUUUAUCAAGAAUGGGAAAUAAAAAAUCCCCAACUCGUUCGUCAAAAACAAACGAAAAAAACCAAAAAAGCUAGUCAAAUCACACAAAAUAUUAAACCAAUCGUUCAAACUCAACAAAUGCCUGUACAAUAUACAACACCGACAUCAUCUCCUGAAUCGAUCGAGUUGACCGAAGAAGAGUCACGGAAUUAUUUUUCCUUUGAUCCAAAUUUAAUAUAUUUUACUACUACUUCUCCGACAGAUUUCGUUUAUGAACAACCACUUUACGAUUAUGGCAUGUUCAAUAAUAAUUUGGAAUCAAGCAUUCCAAAUAUUACAAAUAUUACACCAACUUUGACCACCGAUUUUCAAAAUUUCAAUUAUAACUUCGAUUUUGGCGAUUUUUAUAAUCCAAACGUCCAUUAUAGGGACAAUUCUCAAAUAGCUUGA